AUGUCGGCAGCCGCCUGUCUGCUGACUGAGGACGAGCUCCUCUGUGCCAUCUGUCUGGACGUCUUCACACUUCCAGUCACCUUGCCAUGUGGACACAACUACUGCAGAGGCUGUAUCAUGCAACAGUGGGAGGCCAGCAGUAAUUGUCAGUGCCCCCUGUGCCAAGAGAGGUUUGAUGUGCGACCUCCACUGAGGAUCAAUAAUUCCAUCGCUGAUAUGGCAGCCCGGUUCAAGCAGACAGCAGCAAUACCCAGAAGUAGAAACAGCUGGAGUGUCCCUGCCAUGAACAGAGAUGCCAUGUAUGAACCCAUCAAUGCUGGUAGCAGUAUUAGUAACAACAGUAGUCGCACUAGAAGACUCAUCAGUAGCUUUAACAGCAUCACCAGUGGAAUUAGUGACAACAGCGGCCGCACUGGCAGCUCCGCCAGUAGCAUUUACAGCAAUGGUUUCAGUUAUCUUAGCAGCAACCGUAGCAGUAACAUUAACAGCAGCGUCAGUAGCAUUGACAGCAACAGGGAUAGCAUUGGCGACAACAGCAAUCGCAUCAACAGCAUUGUAAGUAGCAUUAGCAGCAACAGUCAGGCUGUUAGCAAUAGUGGCAGUAGCAUUAGCAGCAACCGUAGCAGUAACAUUAGCAGCAGCAUCAGUAGUAUUGACAGUAACACCAGUGGAAUUAGAGACAACAGCGGCCGCACUGGCAGCUCCGUCAGUAGCCUUUUAAGCAAUGGUUUCAGUUAUCUUAGCAGCUACAGCAGUAACAUUAGCAGCAGCAUCAGUAGCAUUGACAGUAACACCAGUGGAAUUAGAGACAACAGCGGCCGCACUGGCAGCUCCGUCAGUAGCCUUUUAAGCAAUGGUUUCAGUUAUCUUAGCAGCUACAGCAGUAACAUUAGCAGCAACAUCAGUAGCAUUGACAGCAACAGGGGUAGCAUUGGUGACAACAGCAGUCGCAUCAACAGCAUUGUAAGUAGCAUUAGCAGCAACCGUGGUGGUGUUAGCAGUAAUGGCAGUAGAGUUAGCAGCAACCGUGGUGGUGUUAGCAGUAGGCCUGACGGUAGUGGGGUUGCCAGCAGCAGUAACAUCAAUGGCAGCGAGUCGCAGCACCAAGUCGCCGGACUGGGAGAUAUUCCCUGCGAUGAAUGCAUUGGAACAAAGAUGAAGGCAGUGAAGUCUUGCCUCCAGUGUCUCACCUGCUAUUGUGAGACCCACGUGAAGCCUCACAACACCACAAUGGUUUUGAAGGCCCAUACGCUGCUGGACCCCAUUGAAAACCUGGGAUCCAGGAUGUGCUCGAAGCACAAGAAGGCACUGGAGCUGUUCUGUAAGACAGACAACAGCAGCAUCUGCAUGAACUGCAAAGUGUUAGAACACGAAAAACACACAUGUGUUUCUAUGGAAGAAGAAUGCAAACACAGGAAGGGCAUACUGGGACAGACGGAUUUUACGUUGCACCAGAUGAUCGAAGAGAGGCGAACAAAGAUCCAGCAGCUGAGACGAGCAGCACAGCUGAAUAAAGAGACUGCAGAAGGCCAGACGGUGGUGGGGAAUCAGGUCAUUACGGGUCUGCAGAGCCUGCUUUCUAAAGGUCUGGAAAAACUGGUGCAAUCAGUUGAAGAGAAGUUGAAUUUGACGGUUAGCCUCACUGAAAGCCUGAUAAAAGAACUGGGACAUGAAGUCUUAAAACUGAUGCAGAGGAGCGCUGAUGUGCAGCAGCUCUCAGGCUCUGAUGACUACUUUCUCGUUGUCCAAAGCUUCUCUGCCACCAGCAACAUCCCGGCCAUGAGGAACUGGUCCGAGGUCAGCGUCCAGCAGCCCCUGUAUGAGCUUAUGGUGAGGCAGGCUGUAGCGGAAGCUGUGGAAAAUCUGGAAAGCACCUUCAGAACGGAGAAGAAGAAGCUCCUGGAAGAAGAACUGAGAAGGAUGCACCAGUUUGAGGUGGACCUAGUUCUGGAUUCUCAAACGGCGUCUCCCUGGAUCGUCCUGUCUGCCGAUGGAAAACAAGCGCAUCAGAGUGACAUGAAGAAGAAUCUGGCCUGCAACGCAGAGAGAUUUUAUCCAGAAGGUGGAGUCCUGGCCAAGCAGAGCUUCCAGUCUGGGAGGUUCUACUUCGAGGUCCAGGUCCAGGGGCUCAUGAGAUGGGAUUUAGGAGUGGUCAAAGAGUCGGUCAACAGGAGGAAGAAGGUCACAAGGAGCACUGAGGCGAGCCACUGGAUUCUGAGUGUGAGAAAGGGCAGUGAGAUGAGAGCACGGUGCAGCCAUGACAUUCCCCUCAGCGAAACGUGGAAUCCUCCGAGAGUCGGGGUGUUUGUGGAUUAUGACCUAGGUCUGGUGUCCUUUUAUGAUAUUGAAGCUGCCAAGCUCAUCUACGCCUUUAGUGACUGCUCUUUUAUAGAAAGACUUUACCCGUUCUUCAAUCCGGGUCAGGCUAGUACCAACUCUGCCAACCUCAUCAUCUGCCCCACCCAAUGCCCGAGGAUAAGGUUGGGCACCCAACCCCGGACCUGUCAUGAGCCCUGUCACUCCACCUGUUGA